GGAAGUGGGGAUCGUGCGCCAUUUUCUAUUUUUGUAUAGCAGUGAACUAGUGUUGUGUGUGUACAUUUUGUGUGAUAAAUCGAUGGAUUAUUAAUAAUUGAUGGAGGACGUGUCGAUGUAAUGAAAUGAUAUUCGUGAACACGUGCUUCGAAUCUCACGCAAUUAAUUUUUUUUGCGUUUAUCUUCUAUAUAACCGUGCGUAAACCCGUAGUUCGUAGCACGUAAACACUUUUUCUUCAUUUCUCUUUUCAACGAGUGAGAGUGGCCGAGCCAUCGGUAUUAGAACUGUUACUGGCAAUCGACAUUACUAUCGUUUUGCCCGAUCGGAAUUCUUUCUUCGCUUAAAGAUAAAACUGAGAUAUAGAAGGGAAAACCAGUCUGUGAUACUAAACAGUACUAAGGUAUAUAGCUAGAAUAUAAACUCUACAAUUAGAUAUACGUAUGUAUGGCGUAUGAGACGUAGGUAGAUCACAUAAAAGAUCUAGAAAAAAUAAAGUCUGUAUAGUGUGUGCUGUGAAUUUACUUUACUCAAGGAAUAAACGUGGUAAAGAGCAGAAUGUCUCAGGAAUCUGUGACAAAUGACAAGCAACUGCCAACUCCUGAAAAUAAAGGAGAUGAAGCAAUUAUAUCUAUGUCGGUGGCUGGGGAGGUAACCGACACUUCAAUUAUGGAAGUAGGCCGUUCAAGACCUCAAUUCCAAUAUUCCCGGGAAGAGCUGAUGCUGAUAAAGAGUUUGCCAUUAUCUAAGAGGAGGCCUGAUUUCUUAGAUACUUCAUAUAACAAUUCACGUGGUGUAUGGGAUCCUGAACGUUGGCAUUCGGGUAAUAAGCGAAGCGAUACACCUCCGAAAGAUGAAAAAACUGGACGUGGUGAUCAAGUUACUGAAAGUCAUAACAAACGUCGCAAUGGGGAUCCACGGGAACGAAUUCGUAAAGAACAAAUAUUGAGCGUAGUAUUGAGUCCUCAACGUAGAAGUUUUAAUUCAGGUUGUUUUGUCAACGUGACUCAACCUUCAAAUCGACGACCUGAGAGUCCAAUAGGAAAGACAGAGGUUAGCCAUAGAGAACCUGUUCGACGAAUUGGAAGUGGCAGAAUUUUAACUCGCGAUAUAUGGGACUUUAGACCUGAGAAUGAGAAACUGGAACCUGCUUUUCGGUCUGGAACAAGCGGUGGUACUUCUAUGCGUGAUCGUGACAACAGAGAUAGUCGUGAUGGGAAGGAUCGGGAAAACGCGAGGGAAAGAGAGCGAAGAUCUUUUGGUCGUGAUUAUGGUGAUAGGGAAAGGGAACGUGAUCGAGAUAGAGCAACUGAACGGAAUGAUCGUAAUUAUCAAUCGGAACGUGAUAAGGAUCGUGGGCGCGAACGAAGAUUCAGUAAUGAUCGCAGGCGAACUUACAGUGAAAAUCGUAACGAUAUGGAUGAACCGGAAUGGUUUAGUUCUGGACCAACAUCCCAGCAUGAUACUAUCGAGUUAAAAGGUUUCGAAGACAUCCCCGAAGAGAAGGUGGUGAACAAUAAUAGCAAUAUUAAAAAUAAGAAACAGACGCCGGUGCAGAAAAAACGCGGGAAAAAGAACUCAUUAGAGAAAGAUGAAAAACAGACCGAAAAUUCAGCAGGUCCGAAAGGGCGAAGUACACCGACUACGAUGGAUCAACCUAUGAGCGUCGUAGCUGCGCCACAUUCUCCAAUUUCAGAGCAGAACAAAUCGUCGUCUCUCGUACAAAAAACCAAUCACGACUCUAAUGAAAGCACUGUGACAGAACAAAGUUGUGAAACUACGGAUAAUUCUAGUACUGCUAAUCAAAAUCAAGAGGAUAGUCAUCCUGAUUUUAACCUCGAUGAGUUCUUAAAAUCCGACACGUUCUCUGGUGUACCUGGACUUUUAACUAAUGGAGUCGGUUCAAAUGGAGGUUCUUGUUCCCGGUUUAGUCAGUGGUUUAAAAGGGAAAGUCCGGUUCAACAAGUAGAUAGCCGUAGAACUUCUAUACAAGAUGACAUAUUAAAUAAUCUGCUUAAUGAUAUCACUGAGCCAAAUAUACAAAUCCCAUCAGUGACAGAAUCUAAUACAUAUUUUGCUCCUAUUUCUCCUGCUAAUACGACAACAACAAAUAAUACCACAGCCACUACUGGUGUGAAGUUAUUGGAAAUGCUGCAACGUGGAAAUAAACCAAGUCAGAAUGGACAAGGGGAUGCAGUUAGCACUGUUAUACCAAUGAUGAAAAGUUCAUCCAUUAAAGACAUGGAAGUUGAUGGAAAAGUUGUGCAUAGUCUUGAAGAAUUAGAAGCUCGCAUGCGUGGUGGUGCUCCACCACCCAUGUCUUCAACUGAUCAACCUCGUGUAAAUAAGACUGAAGAAGAUCUCUCUGCGUUUAAAAAAUUGCUUGCUCAAGUGACUGGAGGACAGGCUAUUCCAGCAGCAAACGGUCCUAUUUCUCAAAAACAACCUGUAACGUUAAUGCAAUUGCAUAACUCCCAACUGAAAACACAUCUAAUUGUUUCCCAGCAAUCGGUCUCAGAAACGAUGCAUACUACAACAUUUAAUCAUGUUGGUUCUCUUGGACCAACUCAACAUCCACAUCAGACACAAAUGCAGCACGGGCAUUUAAUGAAAGUAUUACAGAUUCAACAGCAACAACAGAAACAACAACAGCAACACCAUCACCAGCAGCAGCAGCAACAGCAGCAACAGCAACAGCAGCAGCAACAUUCAGAUAUGUUAUCUAUGAUGAUAGGUGGUCAACGAAUGUUAGGUAUGAGUCCUGUUCCUCCAGAAAUGCAAAUGAUGCUGAGUAAUGCUCCAACAAGUCAGGAGCUUCUUCAGAGACCAGAAGCACAAGCAAUUAUUCAAGGUUUGCAGCAAGGAGAGAUAACUAGACAGCAUCUUGUGCAACAACUACAGAAUCCAGCCAUGCAGCAUCGUCACAGAGAAGUUCUAGUAACUAUUUUGAAAAUGUACGGUGGCACUACGCCACGUACAAUAAGUCCGCAUCCUAGUGCGCCUACUCCUCAAGAUCAUAUUCUGCAACAGAUGUUGUAUCAACAACAGCAACAAAGGAUUCCAUCUCCUAUGAACAAUAUGCUACAGCAUAGGGUUCCUUCACCGCGGGAGAUUGUUAUGCAUGCUCAGUCUAUAAUGCAAAGUGCUUUAAUUAAGCAAAAAAUGGAGGAACAGUGUGAAAAUUUCUGGAAACGACCGGAUCAACAACAGCAGCAGCAACAACAACAACAGCAACAAGCUCAACAAAGUCCUGUUAAUUCACCGGCGAAGCAGACCAUGAGUCCAACACCACUUGCUUUUACCCCGACAUCAGUGUUACGUAAAAUGACUGCCGACAAGGAACCCGAGGGCAAUAGUAACGAUCCAUCGAAAUUGGCAGCUCAAUCACAGACAUCGCAAAUACAACAAAUGCAAUCUGCAGUUCAAUUAUUGACACAAGGAAUUCUUUCUCGGCACAAUUCCUUGCGGGCACAGUCUAUUCGAUCUACAUGGACAAAUCCCACUAUGAAACAACAUCUAGGUCGAGCGAUAGUGAAAGGUGGUGGCGGUGGUGGUGGCGGCGGCAACGGUGGUAAUCAAUUCCAAUACAGUGGAAAUUCAGAUUUCCAACAAAAGCAGCAGCAGCAGCAGCAACAGCAGCAGCAGCAACAACAGCAGCAACAACAACAACAACAACAGCAGCAGCAUAGAACAAUUUCAAGCGUGUACGGUAAUCCUGCACGCUCUAAACAUACUAUGACUAGUUCCAUACCACACCAUAAUGUUCCACAGUACAAUGUUGCUCAGAAUUCAGUUAUAAAUCAGAGGUCAAAUAGUAUGAAUAAUCAAAUGAAGGUACAGCAAGCCCCAUCACAUCUAGUUAACAUGCAACAUCAACCACCUCAACAACAGCGGAUUCUUAACUCACAAAUGCAAAUGGUCUUAAAUCAAAACUACAACUCAAGUCGUGCAGAUGGGCGAGUAAUGCGGUCGCAACAAUUGAACAUACCCGUAGGUCGACAAGCGUCACCAGGUUUAGGAUACGUAGGUAGCAAUGGUGGAGAUUUUUCACCGACUUCAAAUCAGUUGGCACGAUGGUUUAGUCCAGAACUUCUUGCUCAAGCUCGAGCUGGUAAGCUACCAGAGCUUGUCCAGACAAACGUUUUAUCGUUGGAAGAAUUAGAAAGACUUCAACAUGCAUCAACUACAGUGCAUAAUUAGAUUUAUAUAGUACCUUUUCAUCCGUUUAAUUGCAAGCACAGGAUCCCAUCGGCGCAAUUGUUGCUCUAACAACCUACAUCUUUUAAAUUAGAUGGCUUUUCAUAUUAAAGUGUCAGUAUGAAGAUUCACUUCUAUUAAAAAGAAAUCCAUUUCAGUAAAGUAUCCAAAAUCCUGCUUGCGUAUACAAAGUCGUUUAGAUAAUAAACCUUAAUGGAGGCAAGGUUUAACAAAGUAAUACCCACUUUGGUAAGAGACAUUUUU